UGUAUAUCGUUGUUAUAUUGUCACAUUGGACCGCAUCGUGCACGGGAAAGGCGCGUGGAUGCCUUUACGCGCGGCGGCGGUGGUGAAGCCUAAGUGGCUCGCGACGAGGUUGAUGCAUGAGGAAAGAGGGGCGGUCAAAGUGUGACGGUAAACAGUGUGCCUGGCUCUGGCAACGGUUCCACUCACAGCGCCUGUUAGACUGCGUCUCUCGCGUGUAGUGUUUUGUUCGUCCAGGCCACGUUGCUCCCAGCACAAGACACGCAUGCUUGAAAAGACUUAGGCGCACUUCAUGCCCGCUUUGGUGAUGCCAUGCCCCGGAACCACAGCGGAGACGAAAGCGGUACCGGGCUCUGGAUGAGGACGUCGCCGGAGCACCUUAGCGAAGGCUACGGCUUGAAAGAUGUGGAGUCCGGACGGAGGAUGAUGAACAACGCGGGAGACGGUUUGCUGUCAGCCUCCACCGCAGCAGGUGCUGCCGGAGGCUCCGAGAGCCUGAGAGGGAAGCAGGGAGCCCGGCUAAGCCUGCUGGGGAAGCCGCUCAUAUACAGCGCGCACAGCGGCCGGAGAAACGUGCGCUACCGGCGCCUCCAAAACUACCUUUACAACGUGCUGGAGAGACCGAGAACCUGGGCGUUCAUCUACCAUGCCUUUGUGUUCAUCUUGGUCUUCAGCUGCCUGGUCCUCUCUGUGUUCUCAACCAUCCCAGAUCAUCAGGUCUUCGCCUCCAACUGCCUCCUCAUUCUGGACACCAGACUGAACUUGCAUAUUCAAGAUGAAAUCUCACCAAGGAUUUUUAUAAUGGAGUUUGUGAUGAUUGUGGUGUUUGGGAUGGAGUACAUCAUCCGUAUCUGGUCGGCGGGAUGCUGCUGUCGGUACCGAGGAUGGCAGGGACGACUUCGCUUUGCCAGGAAGCCUUUCUGCGUCAUAGACAUCAUAGUGCUGAUUGCAUCUUUGGCGGUGGUGUUGGCGGGGAGCCAGAGCAACAUCUUCGCCACCUCGGUGCUGCGGAGCCUGCGCUUCCUGCAGAUCCUACGCAUGGUGCGAAUGGACCGAAGAGGAGGCACCUGGAAGCUGCUGGGGUCUGUGGUCUACGCACACAGCAAGGAGCUGGUAACCGCCUGGUACAUUGGCUUCUUGGUUCUCAUCUUCUCUUCGUUCCUCGUCUACCUCGUGGAGACCAAGUCCAACGAUGAGUUUGCUACCUAUGCUGAUGCAUUGUGGUGGGGCACGAUCACCCUGACCACCAUUGGUUAUGGAGAUAAGACGCCAAAGACGUGGACGGGACGGAUGCUGUCCGCAGGGUUUGCCCUCCUGGGCAUCUCCUUCUUUGCCUUGCCAGCUGGUAUUCUGGGCUCAGGCUUUGCCCUGAAGGUCCAGGAGCAGCACAGACAGAAGCACUUUGAGAAAAGGAGAAACCCAGCUGCCUACCUCAUCCAGUGUGUUUGGCGUAGUUAUGCGGCUGAUGAGAACUCGGUUUCCAUUGCUACCUGGAAGCCUCACUUGAAGGCGUUGCAUACCUGCAGCCCUACAAAAAAGGAGCAGGGAGAGUCGACCACAAGUAAAAUUCUUAGUAAUAAACAGAAGCUACUGAGGAGGCGUACCACUUGGAAACCUAGUCAGAAGUUGAGCUUCAAAGACCGGGUGAGGAUGGCGAGCCCUCGAGGUCAGAGCAUCAAGAACAGGCAGACGUCUUCGGUGAACGACCGGCGCUCUCCAGUGGCUGAUGCCGGGACAGAGGGCACCAGCCCUGCCAAGGUGCAGAAGAGCUGGAGCUUCAACGACCGCACACGCUUCAGACCCUCGCUCCGCCUUAAGAGCCAGUCGCGCUCCACCACUGAUGCAGCAGACUCCAACAUGGCGGGGGACGAUGGCUUUGAUGAGAAAGGCUGUCACUGCGAGAUCAUGGUGGAGGACUUGGUGCCUUCAGUCAAGGCUGUCAUUAGAGCUGUCAGGAUAAUGAAGUUCCAUGUAGCCAAGAAGAAGUUUAAGGAGACCCUGCGUCCUUAUGAUGUCAAGGAUGUGAUUGAACAGUACUCUGCUGGUCACCUGGACAUGCUGUGUCGCAUCAAGAGCCUGCAGACCAGGCUGGACAUGAUAGUAGGCCCGCAGCCCCUGAGCAGCCGGGCCAAGACCUUUUCCUCCCCCUCCCUGCCUGUCUAUUACAGCCAGGGCAGAAAGAACUCCACCCAGGGAGUGGACCAGAUCCUCGGGAAAGGCCAGAUUCCUCUGGAUAAGAAGAUUCGGGAGAAGCUGCUGUCUGAUGGAGAUAUUUUAGAGGACAUGAGCAUGCUGGGUCGAGUCUGUAAGGUGGAGCGCCAGGUCCAGUCGAUCGAGUCGAAGCUCGACUCCCUGCUCGACAUCUAUCGUCAGGUUUUGCGCAAAGGCUCAUCUUCGGCCCUCACGCUCUCCUCUCUGCCCCUGUUCGAGCUGGAGCAAACCUCUGACUACCAUUCCUCCGUCUUUAGCAAGGACCUGUCCAGUUCCACCCAGGUCAGCAAUGGUGGAGCGCUUCCCCCCAGCAGCAACUCUCACCCCUCCCAGGGAGGACUCCAUCUCAUCCUGGCACCGCCCAACGAGCUCAACCUAAACGCCUCCUCGUCAACCGGCCUCACAUCUUCCUCUAUGAGCCCGUCUCCGUUGCCUCACCACCACUACCGUCCUCACUAUCAUCCCCACCACCACCACACCCAGGCUCAGGCCACCACGCCUGAAAGUUGCACUGACGAGGCUGUGGGGAGCUCUCCACCCGUCCUCACCCCAAACAGCAUCAGCAGUGGCAGGGGUGGAGGUGGAGUUGGAGAUGGAGGGUUUCCGCUUCUGGCGAGGCUUCCACCACCACCCCCUCCGAGCCGGAGUGGGGGCACGAGCAACUUGCCACGAGCCACUUCCACAGAUGUGUCCCCUGACAUGGAGGACUUUUGUGGGGGUUUGGGGAUGCAGUUGAAGGGCAGCAGUGUUGGGGAGGACUUUGUCGGGUUGGGGUUGGGCAGACACGGGCAGAAGCUACACGGCAGCGCCAACGGCAGGCUGAAUACAAAGGAUGAGGGCUCCUGGAGGAGACACAUGAGCCUGGAGCUGCAGCCCCUGGUGCCGCCUGCCCCCGGCUGCUGCUCUGUCCCCAGCCAAAUGGACCGAGGCUUGGGCAAGUCCAUGUCGGUGCAGGACCUGAUGCAGGCAUCCCCAGGGACUGUCCAGGAUGCCCAGCACGGCCACAGCCUCUCAUCUCCGAGCCCCAGUACAAGCAGUGACUCGCCCAUUGGCUUCCUCAGCUGUAGCCAAGACCCUGGGGGAGGAAGGGGUGGUGGUGGGGGUGGUGGUAUAGGCAGGAUUGGUGGAGGUGGAUGGGGUGAGGAGGACCUCUUUAUCAGCGAUAGGGACCUUGAGGCGCAGGGGUUUGACUUCCUGUCACUGGGGGACGCUGAAGGCCACACCUACUCCUCGGAGCUGCUGAGGACAGAGAGCAGUGUUGGGGCGGGCGCCCGCAGCUCCAACCGCAGCCUGGCCAGCGCUCACACAGUCUCACCCUCCGCUGGCAACACCGAAUUGCUGAACAUGCCGCAUGUGCGGCUAAAAUAACCUUGCCUAUCUGUUCAGAAGGCACGCAAAUCUCACCUCACUGAGUUUUUAGCCUUUUUGGAGGGGAGGGGGAGGGUGGGAGUAUAACUGUGGGAACUUUUGUUUUUGUUUCAUUUCAUGUUGAUCCAUUUGAUAAGAAUCACAGUAUUUUCAUACAGGAUGAUCACAUAGAGUAUGACGUACCAUUGCAUGAGUUACUCUUAGUUUUAUAGUGUGAUUGACAAAUCUGAGAUAAAGAUGAAGACGUGCACAAUGGGAGCACAACCCCCCAAACCUGAGACUUUGCUGUUAAACUAAGCCAAGUAAACUUGGUCCUGAGAGACGGUUGGUUGAUACUGUACAGUAUGUGAUCGUAAGACAGAGCAUGAGCAUUGCAUGUUUCCAGUCAAAAGUACUAAGAUAAGCAAGAAACAGUUUACACUUAAAAUAAGAAGGCAUGGACAACAAACA